AUGAAAGACGAAGAAGUUAAAAAACUAUGUGCAGAUAACAAAAUGGUAGUCGUUUAUAGAUGCUCGCAGUAUAAUACAGCAUCUUUUCAACCUUUCAUGGAAUCGCAAUCUCUUUUUGAUUCAUCAAUCAAAUUCGUUGUAGUUUUUGACAAUUGUUUACCAACUCUCGAAUUUUAUUCUUUUAAUAACUUACUUGUUACAUAUUCACCUGUUUUUGGCGAACAAAUUAUGCUAUCAUGUAUGAAUUUAGCAUUAAAAUCAAAUAUUACAGAACUAAAAACAAGAAACGAAGUAUUAAGUUAUUUUGGCCAAACCGACUUUACAAUAGUUGGACCACUUUCAGAUUCUACUAAGAUUAUAGAUUUGGCAUUCAGUCAUACAUCAUAUAAAUCAUUUUGUGGCUACGUUUUUGCCACAGAUAUUGUUCUCGAAAGUUUCGGCUUAAAUAAAGGUCAAUAUGGCGUGUAUCAUAAAAUAGAUGACGAAAUUAUAUCUUUUGAUGCUUCAAACGAAAGCAUAAACAAUGUUUUCAAACCGAAAUUUGAUUUUUUGACGUUUGAUCAGAUGAAAAAUAGUAGCAAACUUAUCUUUCUCCUUCUACGUGAAAAUAUACAUCGAAAUCAUACAGAAUUUAUGGCAGACCUUUCAGAAAAGUAUUAUCAGUUCGAAUACUCUUUUGCUCAAGGUGAUGAUAUUACAAAAAUAGGUCAAUUCACCCACCUUUAUCCACCAUUUACUUACAAUGCAAGAAUCCUCAUUCUCAAUAUCAGCGGGGGUUACUUCUUUAAUUCAGAAGAUUUUAUUGGAGACGAUAUUCGGAACCAGUACUUUGAAAUUAAAAAAUGGGAAGUAACAGCAGAAAAAUUUAUUGAAGCUGUAAUUUCGAAGAAUGCUACGAAAACGUAUAAAUCAGAAUAUGCACCAAGAACUUUUGGUAGCAGUCUAACUAAAGUUGUUGGUACUACAUAUAAAGAAUUCUUGAAUACUUCAAUUUCAGAUGUAAUCAUGUAUUAUGCGAAAGAUAAUCAAGUUUGCCGAAGAUUAUUCGAUUACUAUGUUGCGUUUGCAAACAAGAUAGGAAAGAAAUGCAAAAUUGGUUUCAUUGAUGUGGAACAGAACGCAGUUGAAGGUGGGCUGCAUGUUUCGGAAAGCGAUGCACCUAAAGUUGCAUAUUUCAAAAUGGGUCGAAAUGAUCCCGUUUUGAUGAACGAAGAAAUCAAUAUUGAAAACUUAAUGAAGUUUUAUAAUGACCAAAAGUAUGAUGAAUUGUAA